AGGGGGUGGUGGUGCUGCUGCUGAUUCUAUUUAAGGAGUUCAAUCCAGUGCCCAGGGCUGUCUUGUGGCUUUUCCAGCUCACCAUGGCUAGGCCACUGGGAGCACCAAUUGUACUUGUGUUGUUGAGCCUGUGCUGGUCUCUGGCCACUGCCAGCCCUUUUCCUCCGACUAGUGCGCAUGGGAAUGUCACUGAAGGUGAGAGUGGAACCAAGCCAGACCAACAUGUGUUUGAAUACUGUUCAGAUAGCUGGAGCUUUGAUGCCACCACCAUGGAUGAGAAUGGGGCCAUGCUAUUUUUUAAAGGGGAAUUCGUAUGGAAGGGUCACCAGUGGACCAAGGAGUUAAUCUCAGAGAGGUGGAAGAAUUCCACCAGCUCCGUGGAUGCAGCCUUCCGCCGUGGCUUUCACAGUGUCUUCCUGAUCAAGGGGGACAAAGUCUGGGUGUACCCCCCUGAAAAGAAGGAGAAAGGAUAUCCAAUGUUGCUCCAAGACGAAUUUCCUGGCAUCCCAUCCCCCCUGGAUGCAGCUGUGGAAUGCCACCGUGGAGAAUGCCAGGAGGAAGGCAUCCUCUUCUUCCAAGGUAACCGCAAGUGGUUCUGGGACCUGACUACAGGAACCAAAAAGGAGCGUAUGUGGCCAGAUGUGGGGAACUGCACCUCUGCCCUGCGCUGGCUUGGCCGCUACUACUGCUUCCAGGGUAACCAGUUCCUGCGCUUCAACCCUACCACGGGAGAGGUGCCUGCCACAUACCCUCUGGAUGCCCGUGACUACUUCAUGCCCUGCCCUGGCAGAGGCCACAGGCAUACAAUUGGCCAUGGAAACAGCACCCACCAGCUACCUGAUCAGUCACGCUGUAGCCCGGAUCUACUCUUGUCUGCGUUGGUUUCUGACAACCACGGUGCCACCUACGCCUUCAGUGGGUCCUGCUACUGGCGUCUGGACACCCACCGGGAUGGCUGGCACAGGUGGUCCGUCAGUCAUCUGUGGCCGGAGGGCCCGGCAACGGUGGCCGCUGCCUUUUCCUGGGAGGAUAAACUCUACCUGGUGCAGGGCACCCAGGUGUACGUCUUCCUGACAAAGGGAGGCUACACCCUGGUUAGUGGUUACCCGAAGUGGCUGGAGAAGGAGUUUGGGGGCCCUCAUGGGAUGAGCCUUACAGUUGUGGAUGCAGCCUUUACUUGUCCGGGGUCUUCCCGCCUCUACAUCAUGUCAGGUCGGCGGCUAUGGUGGUUGGACCUGAAGCGGGGGGCUCGAGCCAGGUGGACAGAGCUUCCUUGGCCCCAUGAGAACGUCGAUGCAGCCCUGUGUGUGGAAAAGCCCCUUGGCCUCCACUCGUGCUCUGCCAGUGGUCCCAGCAUAUACCUCGUCCGGGGCCCCCAUGUGUACUGUUACAGUGACGUGGACAAACUGAGUGCAGCCAAGAGCCUCCCGCAGCCCCAGAAGGUGGCCACCCUCCUGGGCUGCAGCCACUGAGGAGCCUCUGGGUGGGAACCUCCCCGCUUUCUCCCAAUAAAGCCAGAUUGCUUCUUUCACAGGCC